GCUUUCGCGGGAUCAACUUGGCCGUACCACCAGCACACGCACUGCGGCCCGCUUGCGUUCGGAGGAAUCAGGGCCCUACCCGGCCGCCGUAGCCGCCUCUCUGUAGUGGGCGGGGCCGAGGCUGGGGUGACCCCGCCGGAGCCGCCGUUGCCAGCGACAUGUUCAAGCUUACAGUUUAGUCCGGAGGACAGAUCCCAACAAGAGAAAGGGAGAGAACUACACUCCCGUGCUUGGAUUAUGCUGUUCCUUCCGUCUGAUUGGACCAGCUUAGGUCAGGUAAUUCAGAGAUCCGUGGGGCCGGCCAGCCUGAGUCUGCUCACCUUCAAAGUCUAUGCAUCACAGAAAAAGGACUCACCUCCCAAAACUUCUGUGAGGGUUAAUGAGCUUUCACUCUACUCUGUUCCUGAGGGUCAAUCUAAAUAUGUGGAGGAGCCAAGGACUCAACUUGAAGAAAGCAUCUCACAUCUUCGACAGUAUUGCCAGCCAUAUACAAGUUGGUGUCAGGAAGUAUACUCCCAAACUGAGCCCAAGAUGCAAAGUUUGGUUCAAUGGGGGUUAGACAGCUAUGAAUAUCUCCAAAAUGCACCUCCUGGAUUUUUUCCAAGACUUGGUGUUAUUGGUUUUGCUGGCAUUGUUGGACUUCUUUUGGCUAGAGGUUCAAAAAUAAAGAAGCUGGUGUAUCCACCUGGUUUCAUGGGAGUAGCUGCCUCUCUUUAUUAUCCACAACAAGCCAUCAUAUUUGUCCAGGUCAGCGGAGAGAAAUUAUAUGACUGGGGUUUACGAGGAUACAUAGUCAUAGAAGACUUUUGGAAGCAGAACUUUCAAAAGCCAGGAAAUGUGAAGAAUUCACCUGGAAAUAAGUAGAAAACUCCAUGCUCUGCCUGUUUUAAUCAGUUAUAGGUAAACAUUGGAAACUCCAUACAGUAAGCCAGUAUUUCUACAACAAAAUGGCAGAGAAGUCAGUAUUGAAUGUAAUAAACUGGCUUUCUUCUUCAGGAACAACUAUACUAGGCCUCUUUGUCAUCUUGGAUGAUGCCAUACCACAAGGGGACUAAUCAGAAAUCCUUUCACCUAGGGAUAAUGUACAAGCCUUAGAACUUCUUGUUCUUAUGUUGCUAUUUAUGUACACAAUUAAAAUUCCAAGUUAAAAAAAAACUGUCUUCUUUU